AUGGCAAAGCCUAGGCCCCCAUUUCCGGAAGAACGUUUCCAAACCGGUAUGCAUCCUUCUCUCUCGUAUGCAAUUAAGUCAGUUGAAAAGUUGUUACAACGGCAUCUUGAAGGUGAUCUAGACCAUGAAGGGGACAUAUUUUCUGUUCUUGAACCGAACAUAGAUUUCUCCACUAAUGCUUCACAGCCUAGUGAAGCUCUUUCUACUCCAAAACAGCUAAAGGAAAACAAAGGGUGCCUGCAAAGUUGUACCGAAACAUCAUCUUCAAGUGGUAAGAAGCCACUUUCAAGAUUUAGUGGCUCGCACAUUCCAGAUCUUGAGAAGAGCAACCUCUACGAAGAUAAUUUUUCUUUAUCUGAAAGUAAACUUCUCAACCCUAUUGACAUAGCAGUUCGAAGAUUAAAUGUUCUAAAACCAAAGAACAUUAUUACCCAGAAGUCAGUUGAAAAGUUGUUACAACGGCAUCUUGAAGGUGAUCUAGACCAUGAAGGGGACAUAUUUUCUGUUCUUGAACCGAACAUAGAUUUCUCCACUAAUGCUUCACAGCCUAGUGAAGCUCUUUCUACUCCAAAACAGCUAAAGGAAAACAAAGGGUGCCUGCAAAGUUGUACCGAAACAUCAUCUUCAAGUGGUAAGAAGCCACUUUCAAGAUUUAGUGGCUCGCACAUUCCAGAUCUUGAGAAGAGCAACCUCUACGAAGAUAAUUUUUCUUUAUCUGAAAGUAAACUUCUCAACCCUAUUGACAUAGCAGUUCGAAGAUUAAAUGUUCUAAAACCAAAGAACAUUAUUACCCAGAAGUCAGUUGAAAAGUUGUUACAACGGCAUCUUGAAGGUGAUCUAGACCAUGAAGGGGACAUAUUUUCUGUUCUUGAACCGAACAUAGAUUUCUCCACUAAUGCUUCACAGCCUAGUGAAGCUCUUUCUACUCCAAAACAGCUAAAGGAAAACAAAGGGUGCCUGCAAAGUUGUACCGAAACAUCAUCUUCAAGUGGUAAGAAGCCACUUUCAAGAUUUAGUGGCUCGCACAUUACAGAUCUUGUUAGUCCUCCUGUACUAAAGAAAGUAAAGAACAGGGUAUUGCAUGAGAAAUAUGUCAAUCAAUUGCGCUUUCGAAGAUUAAAUGUUCUAAAACCAAAGAACAUUAUUACCCAGAAGUCAGUUGAAAAGUUGUUACAACGGCAUCUUGAAGGUGAUCUAGACCGUGAAGGGGACAUAUUUUCUGUUCUUGAACCGAACAUAGAUUUCUCCACUAAUGCUUCACAACCUAGUGAAGCUCUUUCUACUCCAAAACAACUAAAGGAAAACAAAGGGUGCCUGCAAAGUUGUACCGAAACAUCAUCUUCAAGUGGUAAGAAGCCACUUUCAAGAUUUAGUGGCUCGCACAUUACAGAUCUUGUUAGUCCUCCUGUACUAAAGAAAGUAAAGAACAGGGUAUUGCAUGAGAAAUAUGUCAAUCAAUUGCGUUUUCGAAGAUUAAAUGUUCUAAAACCAAAGAACAUUAUUACCCAGAAGUCAGUUGAAAAGUUGUUACAACGACAUCUUGAAGGUGAUCUAGACCGUGAAGGGGACAUAUUUUCUGUUCUUGAACCGAACAUAGAUUUCUCCACUAAUGCUUCACAGCCUAGUGAAGCUCUUUCUACUCCAAAACAGCUAAAGGAAAACAAAGGGUGCCUGCAAAGUUGUACCGAAACAUCAUCUUCAAGUGGUAAGAAGCCACUUUCAAGAUUUAGUGGCUCGCACAUUACGAGAUCUUGUUAG